AUGUACAGCGAAGAGGAAUUAAAAUUGUUAGCAGAGCUAAGAAGGAAACGAGGUGUUGUCAAAGCAGCCCUCACACGUGCCCAAACCUUUGUUUCAAAUUUCGUUAUCGGUGAGCAAGCAGUCUCAUUACUCGAGUUCAGGCAGGAGGAGCUGCCACAAAUAAACAGGAAGUUUGAUGAAAUUCAGUCCCAAAUCGAAUUGAUUGCGAUUGAAGAUACUGUAGAAGCUGAAACGGAGAGGAAAAAUUUUGAAGAACUUUAUUUUAUGAUAAGAUCACAGAUGCAAGAAAUGAUCAAGGCAGAUAAGGCAUCAAACACUUCUGUUCACAAUGCUUCGCACAUUUUCAGCAGUUCAGGACAUUGGAAUCAGCUGCCACCAAUACCACUGCCAUCGUUCGAUGGAAACAUACAAGAAUGGUCUUCAUUCUUCGAUAUUUUCCAUGCUAUAGUACAUGAAGGAAAUGAAUAUUCAGAUGCUCAGAAGUUUUAUUAUUUGCGUUCGUGUUUACAAGGGCAAGCAUUAGACUUGGUGCGUUCUAUUCCUAUCAACGACAGCAACUAUUCGGUAGUUGUUGAAAGGCUCAAGCAACGAUACGACAACCCUAGGCUUGUAAUUCAGUCGCACAUACGAUCGCUUCUUGAAUGUCCAAGGAUCGAAGAACCAUCAGCAUCAGCGCUGCAAGAACUUUAUUCACAUGUAAGCACUCAUGUUGCUGCACUGAGCGCGCUUGACCAACCAAUCGAACACUGGGAUGCGUGGUUAAUCACUAUAGUUACAGGACGUCUUGAAAGAAGCACUGGGCACGGAUGGCAACUACAUCUGAGAAACACUAAUUUACCCAAGUACUCGGACCUCGAAUCGUUUCUGGCUAGCCGGUGUGUGGCGUUAGAAGGUUCAGAGGCAAUAGGUUUAAAUCAAAAGGGAUCUAAGGUUAUUCCAAAUAAUUCGGGCACAAGGUAUCCAAAACAAAAUCAAUUGAAGGAAGCUCAACUCACCCAAUCACCUAGUAGUAAGAAGUUCGGAGCUCACUCAAGAGGUGCUCUUUUAGAUCCGAAGGAAGCACAAUACUUUACUUCAUUACGAAAGAAAAAAGGAACCUUCGAAAUCUUUCAUCAAGGACAUGGACACGUAUUUUUGUCAACUGCAGUAGUUCUAGUAAGGGACCAUCAAGGUGUGCGUAGGAAAUGCCAUGCCAUACUAGAUAGUGGUUCGCAGGUUAACUUCAUAUCCAAGGGACUAGCAAAACAACUACAAUUACCAGCUGCAAGGUCGUCGCUUCCAGUUAGUGGCAUAGGAGCAAACACACUCCAGUCUAGUACCUAUGUUGAUGUACAUGUUGAAUCCAGAUUUGGUUCAUCGAGUUUCAACUUAUCUUGUCAUACUUUACCUGUUAUCAUGUCACAACUACAACCUGUUCGUACUCCAGUGGAAGGCUGGACAAUUCCAAGUGAACUAUUACCACAGCUAGCUGACCCUCAUUUCUGUGAUUCCAAACAAAUCGACUUAUUGAUUGGAGGUGGUGCAUUCUUUGACAUACUGCAGCCAAGUCGUAUACAGCUGGAUGUGAAGAUGUUAUAUCUACAGGACAGCAAGUUAGGUUGGAUAGUCACUGGUGAGUUGAGCCACACAUGUCUGCUAAGUGUUGGCAGAUCGUUGGAAGAAGAAUCUAAGACAAUUCUCGGCCAUGAGGAUGUUUUGUACGAAAAACAAUCAAAGGCAAACCAGUGUUCUAUCGAAGAAAACCAUGCGCUCGAACAUUUUCAGUCCACAUUCAGACGAAAUGAGGAAGGUCGUUUCGUGCUGCAAUUACCCGUCAAAACUGACCUAACUAAUUUAGGUCAGAGUGUCAAUUCAGCUACAUCUAGGUUUCUCAGUGUGGAGAGAAAACUACAGCAAGAUAAAGACUUGCGAAUGGAGUACACGAAGUUCAUGAAGGAUUACCUGGAGAUGGGCCAUAUGCAAGAAGUUGUGAAGGAAUCGAAUAUUCCUAAGCGAUCAUGCUACUUACCACACCAUGCAGUAUUCAAGAGCUCAAGUUUAACAUGA